CUAUAAUUCAAAGUCAGUUCUGUUUGGUUUUUCUUUAACUUCAUAACUCCAAAAUGAAAAAUUGUGAAUCUAGUAGUAGCAUAAGUUUAUUAGUUUUUCUCACAUUUUUGGUUAUUUCAGAACCGAGGGGGGUAGGUUCAAGUUCAAGCAUAAUUCCAAAACCAAUUUCAAACAAGUAUUACUAUCCUACAUGUCCUGUGGCAUUUUCACAUCCUAGUUCUAACUCUAUUCCAGAGAUAAAACAUGAUGUCUUUGUUAGCUUCAGGGGUGAGGAUACCCGCAGAAAUUUCCUUAGCCAUGUCCUUGUGGCUUUUUCGCGAAAGCAAAUAAAUGUAUUUUCUGACAAGAAACUUGAAGAAGGAGAUGAAAUAUCACCAAAACUUAAUGAAGCAAUUGAAAAAUCAUUCAUUCAUUUGGUCAUAUUCUCUCCAAACUUUUCAUAUUCACAUUGGUGUUUGGAUGAGCUUGUGAAAAUAGUUGAUUGCAGAGCAAAAUAUGAUAGGAUUCUAUUGCCAGUUUUCUACCAAGUAGAUCCUACAGAAGUACGACAUCAAACUGGUGCUUAUAAAGAUGCUUUUGUUCAACUUGGACAAAAUUUUAGUUCCGACAAGGUGGAAAAGUGGAGACAUGCUUUGACAAAAUCUGCCAAUAUUUCUGGAUUUCAUUCAAUACAUUUUCCGGAUGAUGCUAAGCUUGUAGAAAAAACAGUUGAAAGUGUGUUGAUGAAGUUGAAACAAGUUGAAGGUAAGUUAAAAGGACUUGUAGGAAUUGAAAAGCAAAUUUCACUUAUAGAAUCAUCGUUACAUUUAGAGUUACAAGAUGUUCGUGUUCUUCGAAUUUGGGGUAGGGCUGGUAUUGGUAAAACAACUCUUGCUGAAGAAGUUUACCGUAGACUACAUUCUAAAUACGACAGUUUUUGUUUCAUGGCUAAUGUAAGAGAAGAAUCAGAAAGAUCUGGCACAAACAAUUUGUCAUUAAGAAAAAAGCUUUUAUCCACUCUGUUAGAGGAAGAAAAUACGAAAGAUGAUCUGAUAAAUGAAUUACAACCUUUAUUUAAUAAAAGGCUUCGCCGCAUGAAGGUUCUUAUUGUUCUUGAUGAUGUCAAAGAUGCAGAGCAAUUAGAAGUUUUGGUUGGAACACUUGAUUGGUUUGGACCAGGAAGUCGAAUCAUAAUAACUACGGGAGUUACGGAAGUACUUGUUGGAAAAACAAAUGAUACAUACAAGGUUCAACCAUUGGACUCUGUUGAAUCACUUCUGCUUUUCAAUUUGCAUGCCUUUGCUAAACAUAAGCAUAAUGAAAUGGAGUACCGUGAGCUAUCGGAGAGGAUGGUCGAUCUUGCUGAAGGUGUUCCACAAGUUCUUACAACUUUAGGUAAGUAUCUUUGUGGGAAAGAUAAAGCCAUAUGGGAAAGCCUAGCAAGGAAUAUCAAAAUAGGGCAGACUAGAACUGUCCAUGAUGUAUCUAGAUUGAUGUACACUAAUCUUGAUUAUCAUGAAAAGAAUAUAUUUUUGGAUAUUGCUUGCUUUUUUGACGGAAUGAAGAUGAAACUUGACAUCAUAAAACUUCUAUUGAAAGAUCCCCAUUAUUCGGUGAGCAAUAAAUUAGACAAGCUAAAAAACGAAGGUCUUGUAACUAUUUCUCAACAAAGUAUUGUAUCAAUGGAUGACAUAACACAAGAAACUGCUUGGGAGAUUGUUCGCAAUGAAUCUUUUGAAGAACCUGGAAAUCGAAGCCGGCUCUCGGAUCCUAAUGACAUUUAUAAUGUAUUAAAAGAUGACAAGCAGGGAGGUGAGUCCAUCAGAAGUAUGGCAAUCAGAUUAUCUGAAAUUAAGGAGCUGCAGUUAAGCCCUCAAGUAUUUGCCAAGACGAGCAAAUUGAAAUUUUUGGAUAUUUACACCAAGAGGUCUCAAAAUGAAGGGAGUUUGUCUCUUCCUGGAGGGCUUGAGUUCUUGCCUAAUGAAUUGAGAUAUCUUCGUUGGGAGUACUACCCUUUGAAAUCCUUGCCAUCCAUGUUUUCUGCUGAAAACCUUAUUACAUUGUGCUUGCCAUAUAGCCGAUUGAAUAAACUUUGGCAUGGAGAGAAGGAUCUUGUGAAUUUGAAUGACCUUAUACUCCAUUCAUCCACACUUUUAACAGAGCUACCAGAUCUUUCAAAGGCCACAAGUCUUGCAGUAAUGGACCUCCAAUUCUGUGUAGGGUUGACUAGUGUCCAUCCAUCUGUUUUCUCUCUGAAAAAGCUUAAGAAACUGGAUCUGAGUGGAUGCAUUUCCCUUACAAGCCUUCAAAGCAAUACCCAAUUAAUCUCCCUUAGUGAUCUCUCCCUCUACAAUUGUACAUCACUGAAGGAAUUCUCAGUGACCUCAAAGAAUAUGAAGAAAUUGAAUUUAGAACGCACGAGUAUCAAACAAGUGCCCUCAUCAAUUGGACUUCAAACCAAACUUGAAAAGUUACAUCUAGGACACACUCACAUUGAGAGCUUGCCUAAAAGCAUCAAGAACCUUACAAGGCUGAGACAUCUAGACUUACACCAUUGCAGAAAGCUUCAAACAUUACCAGAGCUUCCUCCGUCGAUUGAAACACUAGAUGCUGGUGGUUGUGUGUCACUAGAGAAUGUAGAGUUCCGUUCAACUGCUAGUGAACAACUUCAGGAAAAGAGGAAAAGGGUUACCUUCUGGAAUUGCCUUAAAAUAAACGAGCCUUCUCUCAAGGCUAUUGAGUUGAAUGCUAAAAUCAACAUGAUGAACUUUUCACACCAACAUAUAUCCACAUGCGACCUUGAUCAUGAUCACGAUCGCAACCAAGGCAUGUACGUGUAUCCAGGUAGCGAAAUUCCUGAGUGGUUGGAAUACAGUGCAAGUGCAACUAGACAUGAUUACAUAGCCAUUGAUCUUUCUUCUUCUCCUUAUUUCUCAAAGUUGGGAUUCAUUUUUGGCUUCAUCAUUCCUACCAUCUCGUCUGAGGGUUCAAUUCUGAAAUUUAAAAUCAGUGAUGGUGAAGAUGAAGGUAUCAAAGUGUAUUUGGACAGACCACAUCAUGGAAUUGAAUCAGAUCAUGUGUAUCUACUGUAUGACCCAAGAUGUUCUCAUUACCUGGCUAGGCGAGUCAAUAAUCAGUUGAAGAUUAAAAUUCAGGUCAGCGCAUUCUCAAGAACACUGACAUCACGUUAUAUGCCAGUGCAGUUAAGAGGUUUUGGAGUUAGCCUAGUAACACCUUCCGAUUAUGACAAGUUUAAACAGAAAUUGGAGUUUGGUGAUGGCAGUGUUGUUCCAGAAAAUAGUAUGUGUUCGGUGGAAGAGAGAUCAAUGCUUCUAUGAAUUAAAAACAGUUCAGUUAUUUCUGUUGCCUGUUUUACUUGCAUGCUUUAAAUGUGUUAAGGUAAAUUGGAACAUGAAUUUGAUUGAAUAAUAGCCCUUGUGGCAGCUUGUAUUGCUAUGAAGUAAGUUUAUGUGGCUUUUGUAAA